AGAUUGUUGUGUGGGAUAUUUACACCUACAAACCUCGUUUUUCGAGCAACCCUAAGCAAGCAGGAGAGCAUAAGCUUAGAUGAGUCAUUUUCUCUCUCUUGACCACCUCUAUAUCUGUGUCAUAAUCUCACACUUCUUCAUCAACCUUUCUUCUCUCUCAUCUCACACAUAGAUAAUAGAUUCUAUACAAUUUCGCAGUUUCCAAAGAAAACCAUCUUUCACCUUCCUAUAAAACAACAACAACUAUGGACUCAUCCUCCUCUUCACCCCCCACAAACACCAACAACACCUCCCUAGCUUUCUCUCUUUCCAACCACUUCCCUAAUCCUCCACACUCCUCUUCCUCUCACCUCUCUCUCUUCCACUCCUUCACCCCUUAUCCUCCCCCAACUCCAUCUCUCACCCUCACAGGUUCACCGGAGCCAACUGACAGAGGAACCACCAACCUCUCCAUAUUCAGCGGCGGAAACAAGCUCGAGAAUUUUCUAGGAAACUCCACCGCCACAACAAGAACCACCACAUAUGCACCCACAGAACUUCACCGUCUUUCCACCGACAUAUACGAUUAUGAACUGAAAAAAACCAUAGCCGCUUGCUUCCCUCAUGGCUACCCUACCGAACCAAACUCCGAACCUCCCAAACCUUCCCCCAAGAAAACCGUCGACACCUUCGGCCAACGCACCUCCAUUUACCGCGGCGUCACCCGACAUAGAUGGACGGGGAGAUAUGAAGCUCAUUUAUGGGACAAUAGUUGCAGAAGAGAAGGACAAAGUAGAAAAGGAAGACAAGUUUAUUUAGGUGGUUAUGAUAAGGAAGAGAAAGCAGCUAGAGCUUAUGAUCUUGCUGCUCUUAAGUACUGGGGUCCAACUACCACUACCAACUUUCCAAUUUGUAACUAUGAGAAAGAGCUUGAUGGCAUGAAGAACAUGACUAGACAAGAGUUUGUUGCUUCUCUAAGAAGGAAGAGCAGUGGUUUUUCAAGAGGAGCAUCAAUUUACCGAGGAGUAACAAGACACCACCAGCAUGGUAGAUGGCAGGCAAGGAUAGGUAGAGUUGCCGGAAACAAAGACCUUUACCUUGGCACUUUCAGCACACAAGAAGAAGCUGCUGAAGCUUAUGAUAUAGCAGCAAUCAAAUUCAGAGGACUAAAUGCAGUUACAAACUUCGACAUGAGUCGCUAUGACGUUAAAAGCAUCGCAAAUAGUUCUCUUCCCAUAGGCGGUUUAUCUAAUAAAAACAGCAAAGUUUCUACAGAUCAUUCUUUAUCAGAAAGCAAAAGCAUUGAUGUUGCAAGUAUAUCAGAUGAAAGAACUCCGUCCACAGCCUUUACAAUAACUCAGCAGCCUUCAAAUUCUACAUUAAGUUUCGCGAUUCCGAUAAAACAAGAUCCUUCUUCAGAUUACUGGUCCAAUAUUCUUGGAUUUAAUAGUAAUAAUAGCAAUAAUAAUCCUAGUCAUGCUGUUCUUCCAUCUUCAACACCCUUCAACAUGGAUUUUUCUUCGCAUGUACCUUCGAAUACAAAUGGCGAUAACAAUGGAGGCUUUUUCAGUGGAUCAGUUGUUCAGCAGCAACAAAAUGGAAACAAUUCUUCUUCUUCAUCAUCAUCAUCGUCAUCUUCAACAAGUUCGAUUCCAUUUGCUACACCGAUAUUUUCCUUAAAUAGUACUAAUAGUUAUGGAAACAACUGGAUCAAUAAUGGACACACAUUCCAAACACAUGCAAAACCAAGUCUGUUUCAAACACCAAUAUUCGGAAUGGAAUGAGCUCGCUCAUGCACCAGAUAGAAAAGAAGAUGAGAAUCUGUGCAUAUAAUAAUAAUAAUAACAACAAAUGAUGAAAGUGUUGAAGGACAAAGUGAUGUAGUGAUGGUAACAUGCAAUAGAAGCAGAAAAAGAUAAGGACUAGUCUUCAGUAGUUUCAUGAGAUAGCUAUGUUGCUGACACUAUGUACUACUAACUCAAAGUUCCUUUGUUUGUUUUAA